ACCACUCAUUUCCAUGUACCUUGUGAUUUUCAGCAUACACCUUCUUCAUCUAUUUAUACCACACAAGACAGAUCAGGUUCAUCAUCAGCAACUCAAGUCGGUCUUUCCUUCCAAACCAAAGAAUCAUACUUUCCCUGUGUCCAGAGUCCUUAAUUCAAACUUUCCUUCUUGUUCUACCAAUAGGGUAUAUAAGCCAUGGGUUUCCGGUUGCCUGCAAUUGCUACAGCUAAGAGAAGCCUUACUAGGUCUCUAUCUGCUUUAAAGAGUUCGAAGACCUUAUAUAUCCCAAAAGGCUACUUUGUAGUCUAUGUUGGGGAGAGUCAGAAGAAGCGAUUUGUGAUUCCACUCUCGUACUUGAACGAGCCUAUGUUCCAGGAUUUGCUUAGUCAAGCUGAAGAAGAAUUUGGAUAUGAUCAUCCUAUGGGCGGUAUCACGAUCCCCUGCAGUGAACACAGCUUCCUUGAACUCACUUCUAGGUUAAGUGUGUGAGUCAGUGCUGAUGAAGUGAAUAUGGAUCCAUUCAUAUCGAAACCUUCCUCGUGUGAAAAGUUCACGAGUCCAGAAGAUGAAGAAGAGACUGUGAUCGAUCAUCAAGUGACUCGAAUCAUAUCUCUGAUUGAAGAGAAAGCUUAUGUGAUACCAAAGCUGCUUGCGAGCUGAGCAGAGUAUUACCAAACGUUUAAAGCAGACAAAUGAUGAACUUUACCAUGCUGAAAGUCAAGAACCUCUUCGAUCGAUCUGUAAAACCAUUGGCGUUCAAGUUUGGACUUAUAAGGCAGUCAAAUUCUGUCCUUUCAUCCCCAUGUAAAUAUCUUUGUUUGAUCCAAGGGAAAAUAUUGAGAAUAUGCAACAUUUUGAUUCGUCAUUUAUUUUUGAA